CAUAGAGAUAGCUAUCGGUGCAGCACCUGACUCAAGCUGGGGGAGACUGAAACAGGUUCUGUUGCCUUCAGUACUUGCUGGGUUUGUGCAGAACCUUUCGCCAGUGUCUUGCGAUCCGCUUCUAACAGAGAGAUCGGGCGUUACUUUCACCAAUAUGGAUAAAGAAUACGUGGGGUUUGCCACGCUGCCCAGCCAGGUCCACCGGAAGUCAGUGAAGCGUGGGUUCGAUUUCACACUCAUGGUAGCAGGAGAGUCUGGUCUUGGUAAGUCCACUCUGGUUGACAGCCUCUUCCUGACUGAUCUGUACAGCGAAAGAAAGAUCCUCAAUGCUGAAGAGCGCAUCUCCCAGACCCUCGAGAUCACGAGGAACGCGGUGGAGAUUGAGGAGCGGGGGGUAAAGGUCAAACUAACCAUAGUGGACACCCCUGGCUUCGGGGACGCAGUGGACAAUGCAGACUGCUGGAGUCCGAUAGCACGCUAUAUCAAUGAGCAGUUUGAGCAGUACUUCAGAGACGAGAGUGGACUGAACCGCAAGAACAUCCAGGACAACCGUGUGCACUGCCUGCUCUACUUCAUCUCCCCCUGCGGGCACGGACUACGCCCCAUCGACGUGGAAUUCCUGAAGGCAGUUCACGACAAGGUCAAUAUCGUGCCGGUCAUCGCCAAGUCUGACACACUGACCCCUAGGGAGGUCAAGAAUCUGAAACAGAGGGUGCGCGACGAAAUCGAGGAAUUCGGGAUCACUAUUUACCAAUUCCCGGAUUGUGAUUCCGACGAAGAUGAGGAAUUUAAACAGCAAGACACAGCUCUGAAGGACAGCUUUCCCUUUGCAGUGAUUGGCAGCAACACCGUGAUUAGGGAGAAUGUUGAGCGGCCAAUGAGAGGCCGGGUUUACCCGUGGGGCGUGGUCGAGGUUGAUAACCCCUCACACUGUGACUUUGUGAAGCUCAGGAACAUGCUGAUUCAGACUCACAUGCAGGAUUUGAAGGACGUCACGCAGGAGGUGCACUACGAGAAUUACAGAGCGCAGUGCAUCCAGAACCUGAGCCGCAGCGGAGCCAAGGAGCGAGCGAGCCGCAAUAAGAUCUCCAGGCAGAGCAUCACCGAGCUGUCACUCGUUCCACUGGCGGACACAGAGAAACUCAUCAGAGAGAAAGAUGAGGAGCUUCGUCGCAUGCAGGAGAUGCUGCAAAAAAUGCAACAGCAGAUGCAACAGAGCCAAGGAGAGCAGUCCGAUACUCUGUGAGAGGAGAGAGAGACGAGGUUCAAGCUGGAGAGGAAAGUGUGAAAGAUCGACACAUUCACAAAUUAUAACGAAACAUUUGAAAUGCAGCUUUAAUGGAGAGAAAUAUAUUCACUGUAGCGGCUUCCUGUCUGUGUCUCUGCCGUCAUCGUCAGGGUUUUAAUAAAGUUUUGUUUUAAAUGA